AAACAACGCCAUCAUGCUCGACAAGAACCAGUACGACAAACUCUUCAAGGAGGUCGGUUCAUACCGUCUCGUCUCGGUCUCUGUGCUCGUCGACCGUCUCAAGAUCAACGGCUCUCUUGCGCGCCGUGCGCUUGUUGAGCUCGCUGAGAAGGGUAUUAUCAAGGAGGUGUCGAUCUCAUCUAAGCAGAAGAUCUACACCCGUGCACUUGAUCCCGAGGUUGCUGCUUAAAUGCGCACAAUCUUGUCACAUCAAAUGCUUCUCUCCUUUGAGAAGUAGCACUCUUUUCACGUCGACAUCAUGUGCAUAGCCAUUGCAAGCUGAAAACAAAUCAAAAACUCCAACGAUGCCUAUGUGAUCUUGUGUUGAAUGCUGUGUCUGC